CCGGAGCUGAGGAGAAGGAGGAGAAAGAGGCGGAGGGGAGAAGGGAGGCGGCCUGGGCCCACGCCCCUCUCGGGCCCCUCUUGGGCCCCCGGGGGGGCAGCCCCCCUCCCCACAUUUCCUGCGCGGGGCGUUUAAAGGACCGUGGGCACGGCCCGCCGUGUCCCGCGCUGCUCUACCCUGUGCGCGCUCGGGCUGGGAUGGAGCCCGCUGCCCCCUGCUCCCAUCCGCUUCGGGCCCUCUGACCUACUGCUCGCCCACCCGUGCGCCACCGCCCCCCGGCUGUCAGUCGGUGUGUGUCCCCUAGGGCCAUGGGGGCCGCACGGCCGCUGACGGUCGGGCUGCCCCCGCUCCUGCUGCUGUUGCUGCUGCUGCUGAGCUCUUCGUGUAGCUUGAGCUCCGGAGAAGUGUGCCCAAGUAUGGACAUCCGGAAUAACCUCACCCAGCUGAACAUGCUGGAGCGCUGCUCUGUCAUUGAGGGCAGUUUACAGAUCUUGCUGAUGUUUAAAACAAAGCCUGAAGAUUUUCGGGACCUCAGUUUCCCCAGACUUACUAUGAUCACAGAGUACUUGCUGCUCUUCCGAGUGUAUGGGCUUGAGAGCCUCAAGGACCUUUUCCCCAAUUUGACGGUCAUUCGUGGGUCCCGCCUCUUUUUCAAUUAUGCCCUGGUCAUCUUCGAGAUGGUCCACCUCAAGGAGAUUGGCCUCUAUAACCUGAUGAACAUCACCCGUGGGGCUGUACGCAUCGAGAAGAAUAAUGAGCUGUGCUACUUGUCAACCAUUGACUGGUCUCAGAUCUUAGACUCAGUGGAGGACAAUUAUAUUGUGGAUAACAAAGAUGGCAAAGAAGAAUGUGGGGACGUCUGCCCUGGGGCAGUGAAGGGAGUCAACAGCUGCAAGUCCACCGUGAUCAAUGGCCAGUUUAUUGAACGGUGCUGGACCCACAGCCAUUGCCAAAAAGUAUGUCCGCCUUCGUGUAAGUGGCAGGGCUGUACGGCGAGUGGUCAGUGUUGCCACAGCGAAUGUCUGGGGAAUUGCAUUGAGCCCAACAACCCUGAGAAAUGUGUUGCCUGCCGAAAUUUCUAUCUGGAUGGCAAGUGUGUGGAAACGUGCCCCCCAAACUAUUACCACUUCCAGGACUGGAGAUGUGUGAAUUUCAGUGUCUGCCAGGAGCUGCACAACAAAUGUAAAAACUCCCGACAGUCCUCCUGCUCCCAGUAUGUCAUCCACAACAACAAGUGUAUCCCCGAGUGUCCCUCUGGCUAUACCAUGAACUCCACCAACCUGCAUUGUUCUCCGUGCUCCGGUCCCUGUCCGAAAGUUUGCGACAUUGUGGCUGACCAGACCAUCGACUCUGUGCAUGCUGCCCAGGCACUUCGAGGGUGCACCGUCAUCAAUGGGAGCCUAAUCAUAAACAUCCGUGGUGGCAAUAACAUAGCAGCAGAACUAGAAGCCAAUCUUGGUUUAAUUGAGGAGAUCACGGGGUACCUUAAGAUUCGUCGUUCCUAUGCCUUAGUGUCCCUCUCCUUCUUCCGGAAGCUGCACCUCAUUCGAGGAGAGACCCUGGAAAUUGGGAACUACUCCUUCUAUGCCCUGGACAAUCAGAACCUGAGGCAGCUGUGGGACUGGAGCAAACACAACCUUACCAUCACCAAGGGGAAGCUCUUCUUCCACUAUAACCCCAAACUCUGCCUGUCUGAAAUCCACAAAAUGGAAGAAGUUUCUGGCACAAAGGGCCGGCAAGAGAGGAAUGAUAUUGCAUUGAAGACCAAUGGUGACCAAGCUUCUUGUGAAAAUGAGCUGCUCAGGUUUUCUUCCAUUAGAACCACUCACGACAAGAUCUUACUGAGGUGGGAGCCUUACUGGCCUCCUGAUUUCCGAGACCUCUUGGGAUUCAUGUUGUUCUACAAAGAAGCACCUUACCAGAAUGUGACUGAGUUUGAUGGCCAAGAUGCUUGUGGGUCAAAUAGCUGGACAGUGAUUGAUGUCGAACCCCCAGUGAGAUCAAAUGAUCCCAAAACUCAGAAUCAACACCCAGGGUGGUUGAUGAGAAACCUGAAGCCAUGGACCCAGUAUGCCAUCUUUGUGAAAACCCUAGUCACUUUCUCUGAUGAACGGAGAACCUAUGGUGCCAAGAGUGAGAUCAUUUAUGUCCAGACCAAUGCCACUGUUCCUUCAGUCCCAUUAGACCCAAUAUCCGUUUCCAAUUCUUCAUCCCAGAUCAUUUUAAAGUGGAAACCACCCUCUGAGCCAAAUGGUAAUAUUACGCACUACUUGGUGUAUUGGGAGAAGCAAGCAGAAGAUGUCGAGCUCUAUGAACUUGAUUAUUGCCUUAAGGGGUUAAAGCUGCCAUCGAGGACCUGGUCCCCUCCCUUUGAGUCUGAAGAUUCUCAGAAACACAACCAGAGCAACCACGAGGAUCCUAAUGGUGAAUGUUGCUCUUGCCCAAAGACAGACUCUCAGAUCUUGAAGGAGCUGGAAGAAUCUUCCUUUAGGAAGACGUUUGAAAAUUACCUCCACAACGAGGUUUUCAUCCCCAGAAAAGCAUCCUCAGGGAUUGGCGCUGACGACUCUAGGCCGUCGAGGAGGCGGAGGGAUCUCCGGUUUCGUGUGGCAAACGUGACUGUGGUGACACCCACGGGGUCCUCGUUCUUCAAUGCCUCUUCCACGACUGCUCCGGCCAGCACGGAGGAGCCGAAGCCCUUCGAGAAGGUGAAGUCUAAGGAGUCCCUGGUCAUCUCUGGCCUACAGCACUUCACUGGCUACAGGAUCGAGCUCCAGGCAUGCAACCAUGAUGAGCAGGAGUCCAGGUGUGGCCUUGCCGCUUAUGUCAGCGCAAGAACCAUGCCUGAAGCCAAGGCAGAUGAUAUUGUUGGUGCAGUGACGCAUGAGGUACUUGAGCAUAACAUUGUACAUUUGCGAUGGCAGGAGCCCAAGCAUCCCAAUGGCCUUAUUAUUUUGUAUGAAGUCAAUUACUGGCGAGUUGGAGACACAGAGGAACUGCAUCUCUGUGUUUCCCGCAAACAUUAUGCCAACGAACAGGGCUGCAGACUCCGAGGUCUACAGCCAGGCAACUACACCGUUCGUAUCCGAGCUACCUCUUUGGCAGGAAAUGGUUCAUGGACUGAGCACACCUAUUUCUACGUGGCCGAUUAUUUAGACGUCCCAUCAAAUAUUGCAAAAAUUAUCAUUGGUCCAGUCAUCAUCGCCAUUUUCUUGGUCAGCAUGGUUGGAGCUAUUUAUGUCUUUGUGAAGAAGAGGCAAACGGAAGGACCGACGGGCCCCCUGUUUGCUUCUUCCAAUCCAGAAUACCUCAGUGCCAGUGAUGUUUAUGUACCAGACGAGUGGGAAGUAGCUCGAGAGAAAAUCAGCCUCCUCCGUGAACUUGGCCAAGGCUCUUUUGGCAUGGUCUAUGAGGGCAACGCCAAGGACAUCGUCAAGGGGGAGGCUGAGACCCGUGUGGCCGUGAAGACGGUGAAUGAGUCUGCCAGCCUCCGGGAGCGUAUUGAAUUCUUGAAUGAGGCUUCUGUCAUGAAGGGCUUCAGCUGCCAUCAUGUGGUCCGCCUCCUGGGAGUGGUCUCCAAAGGGCAGCCCACCUUGGUGGUCAUGGAACUGAUGGUGCAUGGGGACCUGAAGAGUUAUCUCCGUUCCCUGCGGCCAGAGGCAGAGAACAACCCUGGUCGCCCUCCUCCCACCCUCCGGGAGAUCAUACAGAUGGCUGUGGAGAUUGCAGAUGGCAUGGCCUACUUGAAUGCCAAGAAAUUUGUUCACAGAGACCUUGCUGCCCGGAAUUGUAUGGUUGCUGAAGACUUUACUGUAAAGAUAGGAGACUUUGGGAUGACCAGAGACAUCUAUGAGACAGAUUAUUAUCGCAAAGGGGGCAAGGGUUUGCUGCCAGUGAGGUGGAUGGCUCCAGAAUCUUUAAAGGAUGGGGUCUUUACUACCUAUUCAGAUGUGUGGUCCUUUGGCGUAGUCCUAUGGGAGAUCAGCAGCCUGGCUGAGCAGCCUUACCAAGGCCUGUCCAAUGAGCAGGUCCUGAAAUUUGUGAUGGAUGGAGGGUACCUGGACCAACCUGAUAACUGUCCAGAGAGAGUGAACAGCCUAAUGCAAAUGUGCUGGCAGUAUAACCCCAAGAUGCGCCCUACCUUCAUUGAGAUCAUCGAGAUGCUGAAAGACGACCUCCACCCCAGCUUCCGGGAGGUCUCCUUUUUUUACAGUGAAGAAAACAAGCCUCCUGAGAGCGAGGAGUUUGAGAUGGACUUCGAAAACAUGGAAAGCAUCCCCCUGGACCCUUCUUCUUACUCCCAGAGAGACGAGGUCCUGGGGAGGGACAAUGGGCCAUCUCUGGGCCUUAAGGGAAACUAUGAGGAACGGAUACCUUAUACCCACAUGAAUGGGGGCAAGAAGAAUGGACGUAUCCUCUCUUUGCCAAGGUCGAACCCUUCCUAACAUUUCCUUUUGGGGACAAGUGUUUAAGCCUCUCCCUGGGGCUUUGAUGUAUGUUCUCACCGGAUGGACGGCGUCCCCUUCCCCUCCGGAAAUCUCAGGAUUCCUCUGAUUGCUGCCACCGUGUGACUGACACAUAACUCAGACCCUAACUCUCUCCUCACCCCUCACCCCUUUCUCAUUUCUGUCGGUCCUGUUGGUCUGAUGACUUGGAUGCCGAGUUUAGUUUCUGUCGUUGGCCACCACCUCGGUGUUGCCUGGCUAUCUGUGGACCUCACUGUGAAACCCGUGUCCUGGGGGAAAGCCUCCUGGGGCUGCUGGCCUUCUGGUCACCACAGCUUCCAAAUGGGAAGCUCCUGAGCUCAGAAAGAAGCUCAGCUGGCUGUGUUUGCAAGCACAGGACAUUUUGCCAGGGUCCAGGGUUCUCCAAGCAAAGCCCUUGUUUGUGGAGAAAAAAACUUUUAAAAUUGGGGGCGGAGGAAACUACCAACCUACCAAACCACAAACAAACCCAUACACAAAUCCUUUUCCAGCAGAAUUCCAGGCUUUUCAGGAUACUCCCCAGAAAAUGUUUCUUUUAAGACUGAAGGAUAUUUUUUAAGGAAAAAAAGAACACAAAUCAGUCAUAUUAGUUCCUCAGAUUGACCAAUAGCUGCUGCUCUCACACUUUUUCAUGGGUCUGAAACCCUUGAGUGUGUGCGCCUGUGUGUGUGUGUGGGCACUCAUGUGUCUAUGUUGUGUCUGUAUCGCGAGUGUGUGUCCCCCUCAGUGUACACACAUCAAUGGGAGACUCUUGUAUCAUUCUCAUGGGAGCGUUGGACUUCUUAGAGGCAGGCACAUGCCUCUUUCUCCUCGUCUAGUUUGCUGAGGUGACAGCAAACUCACGACACCCAACCGUUGGUUUUUGUCAUGAGGACCCCCUCCCCCCAGUCCUCUCUCACGUGCUCAUUUAUGUUUGGUGAUUGCGUCUUCUGGGAGCCAGGAUCUCUGGAAAAAUGGGGGAAGAGAAAAUGGGGUUCAGCUAGAAGCUGGGGAUCCUUUCAAGACCAAACAAAGCCAGGGAAGUAAAGUCAAUUGGAUGGAGGUCUCUAGCUCUCUUCUCCCCUGCUCCCAUGGCAUCCCAGACUACACCUUUGUUGGUUUUAACAUAUUUAAUUUUUUUUUUAAGUUUUAACAUUAACUUCAUAUAAGUUAUUGACUGUUUUUGAUUCUUAGGUUUGGGCUUUUUUGGUCUGUGUUCUGCGGGUAUGGCUUCUUUGGUCUGAAAGCAACCCAUUGAUCUGAGAAUAAACUGAUUAUAGCUGAUCACUAGCUGAGGAGCCAAGAGACACAAGUUAAGUUUGUACUUGACAAGGCUUUAGAAAUGAUUUAUUUUGUUUGUGUGCAAGUGUGUGUGUGUGUGUGUGUGUGUGUGUGUGUGUGUGUGUGUAUGUGCGUGCAUGUGCUUGCGUGCCCAGAGCUCUGAGAUGAGGCUCAGUGGGGGGCAGGUGUGAUGGACAGAUAUCAUCCUCUGACUCUUCUCUUACCCUUCCUCUGCUUUUUCUCCCAAUUCUGCCUCCCUUUCAUCUUAUCGUCACCCCCACCUAAACUACCCCAGCUUUCUGUCUCUUCUCUUUUCACCUCUUAUCUUCUGUCGCUCUUCCUCAUUCUUUUCUUUUCCUCAUUUUCUUCACAUCUCUCUCUGUUCUUCCUGCUUCUAGAUGCAUCUCAUCUUCUUCCUCUUCUCUAUUUCCUCCUCCUUCCUCUCCUCUCUCAGAUGUUCCCUUCCUCCCCACCAGUCCAACUUCCUCUCUCUCAUAUAUGUUUUCUGUAAAUACUAGAAGAAAAGUAUUUUAAUGCAGGAGAGCCCCACUCCCCAAAUUCUUAGAAAAAAAGCAGCCAGGACACGUUAUCCAGUGUCUGAAGAGAGCACAUUUGACAGUAGAUCUCAAUCAUGACAGACCGUCCUCUCCUCUGGUCUCACCUCUGUGUCUUCUCCUUGAUGCAGGUGGGUGGGUAAGCAGCAGUUCCCAAGGCUGUGCCAGACGGUGACUUGGUCCCUUGGCACAGCCUUUGGCCAGGGCAGUGCUAUCUCAAUCUGGGGCUUGGAUACCGCUCAGCUCUGGCAGAGGUACAGACUGACUCCUAGAUGGAGGGUGAGCUGUGAAAUAUAGACCGUAAUGUCUAUUUAUAACCCAUAGCUGUUUCUCAUGAAGUCAGUGGGGCAGCUUGGGUGGAACAAAGUCAUUAGUCCAGUUUCUCAGAAGGCUCAUCACCCCCGAGGUUGUGGAGGUGCCUGCUCUCCUUUCCCUUUUGUUUGCCCACUUGUUCUCAGGUGUUCCGUAGCCUUGUUGCUCCAGGCUUCCGGGUGCUGCUUCUUCCUUCCCAACAUUGUGAUUAUGAACAGGAUUAAGAAGUAAAAGCGAUCCUCCUUCCAGCCUCAUGAGUUCUUGGUCAGAGAUAGAGGUAAAAAAAAAAAAAAAUAUAUAUAUAUAUAUAUAUAUAUGGGCCAAAGCCUAUGGCUAAGACACGGGGGAUUUCCCCUUGCACAGAUAGGAUAGAAAUGAUAGCCCUUAAAAAGAUUUUCAAGGGUCUGAUUGGACAAACGGUGCAAAAAGAAGAGGGUGAACCCUCAAAAGUCACCAUGAGGAGAUCUAGGUAUGGCUUUGUGUUUUCCCUAGUAGCCUGUAGGUAGUGAGCACCUAACACUACAUUAUCAGGAAAGAAGAGAGAUGUAUUCUCGCAUUUUUUCUAAUUCAGAAAGGUUUUCUUAUUAGGAAAAUAAAAUUUAUUUAUUUUAAUAUAAUAUAAAUCACUGUAAAAUUUGUUUUCUUAAGAAAUCAAAAAGCGUGUCAAUUUUUUAUUGAUGAAAAAUUUGCAGGAGGAUGCAGUACAAUGAUUUUGUUCCUCUUCUGUCACAGUCUACCUCAGUCUUGUAAGGAUGUCUUCAGUGAUGGAUAACUUUGGACUGGAAGUAGCUUUGUCUGGGCCCAGUCUGAACCAGAAUGAUUGAUUCAGUGGAUGAUGAUGCUGGGGACCCUGGGGGUGGGGUAGGGUCAGUGUGUGCAGGCUCAGAUAGAAGGGUCUAGUCCCUUCUUAUGUGAUCUAGUGAGUGGAAUAGGGAUCCCCAUGUGUGUCAUUCCCCACCCCCUCUUCUAGCCUUUCCCCCAACCCCAUGAUUUGAUAAAAUACCAUUUCAAAAUUGGGCAUCAUUUUUGACCUUGCCGUCUGGUUCGGCUCUACUCCAGGCUGUUUCUCCCAGGGAGACUCAGUAGGAGGUUGCCAUCUGUAAUAAAGCAUCCCAUGUCUCUCCUGGUUCCCGCCCUCAAGAAUGGAUCCAAUUCUUCCGCCAGAACUUUGUGGUCUCAGUGACCUGUUGGAGCCUUGUGAGUACAAAUCUGUUGUUUGGUUUGAUCAUUUCGGGGAAAGUCUUCAUGGGGAGCAGAAUUACCCAGGUCUUGAGCUAUUGCCAAUGUUAAAAAACCAUGUGCACCUUCCCCAUCUGGGCCCCUGGGUGCACUUGGUGCUGGACCUCUACUCAAAUGUACAACAUAGAUUUUUUUCCAUUUUAUUCUUUGGAUGGAAAAAUGCAAUUAAAAAGUGUAAUUUUUACAAUGCAGCAUAUAGUCAUAGAAACAAAGAGGAAACUGGCACUAUCUGGAUUGGCUGUUGAUUGGCCUUCAGCUGACCUCUGCUGGCCCUUCUUAAUUCACAAAGAGCAGAUGAUCAUUGGAGCAGAGUGACCACCUUCUGGGUUCAGCAUACAAGGGCCAGAAAGUUCAAUCGAGCCUAUACUCCACAGGCAUUAUUCAGUGCCAAAAUCAAUAGCAGCUUUGAUUUCUUCUUCUUCUUCUCUAGUAUACUGUGCACAAGAGAAUUGCUUCAAUCUUCCCCCUCUCUUGGAGUUGUGCACGCAUGGAUAUAUGGACUAGGCUUGUUUUAAUGCAGAUCUGGGAGGAGAAACUUAUUAAUGGAGUAAAAAAGUAGGCAGAUGGCUUGCUGAAAGCCAAUGUUUGCAUCUUGCCAGAGUGAACUUUGGAGCCUUGGGCAGUUGGGUGACAGAGCUGAGUUGGGGAGCUUUGGGUGAUGCUGAGACUAAAUCUCCCAGUUGUGACUGAGACAACCACAAAGUUGGCAUAUGGGGUGUGGGUGUGGGGAAGAGUCCUCCAACUUAGCUUUGGCUUUCCCCUGGCUGCAAGCAGGGAGGAUCCUAGAAAGAAAUCCUUUCAUCUUUAACAAGACGGAAUAUAUUCUCCUGGUUGCUUGGAUCUGAGGGUUCGAACAGGAAUGGGGUCAGGAUCUAAGAGCUGUAUUUUGAGGAAGUCAUAAGCAUGGAUGCUCCUCUGAUGGGUUAGUGGGGUAGAAGGGGGGGAGAAGAAUUGGGAGGGGGAAGGUAGUGCCGGAUCUCUGUGCUGUGGCUGGUUUUUUUUUUUUUGCCGUUAAUUCUUGGUGCCUAACUGAGAGAAAGUGUGACAGCUGGUAGACUUCAGCUUUGAAUGAUUGCGCACCUCAAUUUUUCUCUGGCCUCAACAUCCCAUUAGAUUCUCCCUCAGCAAACUUGGCUGUAUUGAGCCAAACUUGCUGGGCAAGAUUUUGUCCACAAUGGUGUUGGAAAACAGUAGAUUUAAUGGGGGUUAUGGGCUCUGAUAGCCAGCUGGCUCAUUUCAUUUCUGGGAAAAAAAGGGCUAAAGUUAACGUUUCCCCUCCGGAUGGGUGAAAGGAAACCUUGAACGAGCCCUGAGACCAGCAGACUGUGGGGACUCCGUCAUCCUUCCUGAAUGAGUUUUGUGCCAUCAGUAUGCUUGGAUGAGGUUUUGAUGACCCCUUCCUAGUUUCUCAGGGGCUACGGUGAGCAGGAAAGGGAAGAUUUCCAUCUUUCUGCUCGCUCGUGGCUCUAGCCUCAGUCGCCAAACGAAACCUCGGCCACGUACUUAUUUCCAGAUGCUUUGAAAUCAAAGCGUUAGACCAGCUGGAGAAAGAUGUGGGAUGCCUUUGGGGAUGAGAAGAUUAAUUACAACUUUCUAUAGACUUCAACCAGAACUGGCUUUGUUCUCCUCUAGCCUUGCUUGGACAUGAGGCAGGAAUGGUGACUCUGGCUCUGAGAGCUUUGUUGUUUUACCACCAUCUAAUUGCAUUUGUAUCAUUAAGACUCCUCAGCAAGGCCCCAGGAAAAAAGGCCUUUUCUAGAAUGACUUCAAGGUAAAAAUCAGUUUCUGUCUCUUGAGUUGCUCAAUAGCCGACAUUUAGCUUUGUCCUGAAUUCCCCUUUGUACCAGCAGGAGGGGAGUCAGCCCUGGCUGCAGAGGGAGGCCCCUUGGCCAGAAUUACUGGGAAGGAAGAGGAAGAGGGUGUCCUCUGCUCUUCCGGUCACCCCCAGGCUAGCUCUUAAGUCUGCCUUACUCAGGCUUUAAUUCAUUCAUUUUUUAAAAAGUCAAAUACAUCAACAAUGAACACAACAGAGCGGAAACUGAGAAUGGGGAUUCCGUGCUGCCUGUAAAACAGACUCAUUUUGGCUUAAGCAGGAUAGUCAGCUGUCCCAUCUAGUUAGGGGGUACCAUGGGAGCCAGUUACUGUGCCUCCUUGCAUUGGCAGGUGGAUCGCACGGGCCACACCCCCAUCAUGGCCCUCAUUCCCACAUGUGGUCAUGCCAUGGCCGUUGCAGGCUGCCUAGCAUCUGUCUGCUUCCUGAAGGUCUCAGACCAUAUUUCUCCCUUUCUGGGAGUCUCCCAGGCUAUAAAGGUCUGUAUUAUAUAGGCUGAGAAUGUUGGGGUUUUGUGUGGGAAAUACUUCCCAAUGGUCCCAUCCAUCCUUCCCCCAAAUUACCUCAGGGUCUCUGAGAUCAGGGAGAAGAAGGAAGGGGAGAUGGUGGUAUGGCUCCAGAGUUAGAGCAACGGUUUGUAUAUAGGGGGAGAGCGUGCAGUUCAAAGGCUGAAUCUGGAAGGAGUAUUGAGUGGAGUUUGGCUUGGGCCCAUAAGAGAUGGGCCAGGCUCCCAGUUGCCUUGGGGGUCCCUGAGAGGAGCCUAUUCCUCAGGUCCCAGAAUGAUGCCAGUUCCUCUUGCAGAUGCCUCCAGCUUGACAAUUAUGUGUAAAAGGAACAAAUGUGCCAUGGUUUAAAAAAAUAAAAAUGAAAAAACUUUUAAAAAAACUCAGAAAAAUAAAACAAAAUAACAAAAAAAGCUUGAUUACUUUUUUCAAUGUUUUCAUACAAAGAGCCAAGCAGUGACAUGUACAGAGAUGCCUUUGAAUAUUCAAAAAAAAAAUCUUGCUGUGUGUAAACCAUUGAACAAUUAACUGUUUAUAUUAAAAUUCUGAAUAAAUUAUCGGAGAAUCA